ACUAGGGGCCAGAGCUGAGUGUCUUACCCAACUUCAGACUGAAAAUUGCAGUAGAGUUGGUGUCAAAGGGAUGGAGCAAUCAUGUUGGUAUUGAAACCUCUGCACUCCAUUCAUUGGAGGAAUGGAAGAAGAACAAAUGGAAUAAGGGAAGGUGCUCAAACCCCAAGCCAUGAUGGUGGAGCCAGUCUCUUGUGAAGUGCCCACCCAAAGUUCAAGAUGAGCCCUUGGGGAUCCUUUCUGAGCGCUGAGCUGAUCUGCUUUGCAGUGACAGCCACAGGACUGCUCAUUGAGCCCCGAGAAGGCAGUGUUGCUGGAGGAACCUGGAUUACUGUCAGCCUGGAUGGCUCAGCAUCCCACCAGCUAGAACAUUCCUCCUCAGCCAGUGGAUCUCAGCUGGAGGUGUCCCUGGUGUCCGUGGUGUCCCCAGACCUACCCAGGCUGCCGUGUGAUAUCUCUCCUGUGCAUUUUGACUUCUCCACUGUAAGAUGCAGAACAAGGCCUUCACCUCAGGAGGGUUUGUACUCUGUGGAAGUGCUUUUUAAAGGACAUGUGAUCAACAACCUGACAGAGGUGGAGAAAGAAAAAUGUACUUUCAAGUUCUCUGCUGAGCAGACACCUGUGGUUUACCAAAUUAAUCCACCAUCUGGCAUCCCAGGAAAUCUAAUAGAGAUCCAUGGGAAGACAAUUGCUGGAAGUUACGAGACCCUGGACUUCGGUGUGGAUUAUAUUGAUGGACCAGCCCUCCUUGUGGCAGAAGGAGAUGGAUGGACCAGUCUCUGCUCUUUUGCUGACAGAAGAGCUGGAAGCUUCUACCCUAUUCGGGCAGAGGAUGGAUGGGGGACCCUGCAGUGCCGGGUGGAAGGGAACCACAUAGGGUCCCACAAUGUCAGCUUCUCAGUGUUUAACAAAGGAAAAUCAGCAGUACACAAAGGUGCUUGGCUUAUCAGUGCCAAACAGGAGCUUUUCUUGUAUCAAACACAUUCAGAAAUAAAGUCUGUGUUCCCAACUGGUGGGAGUCUUGGAGGAGGAACUGAUCUCAUUGUCAUGGGGGAUUUCUUUGAGGACCCAGUACAGGUCACUGCAGCAGGUGUCCCCUGUAAAAUCAAGCACAUCUCUCCCCAGGAAAUCAGAUGCACCACAGAUGCUAUUGGCAAGGGCAGGAGGCUUGGUGCUCCCCAACCAGGAAACAGAGGGCUUCUCUUUGAAGUCUGGGAUGAUGCCUCUGAUCUAACAGAAGCAGGUCCUGGGUAUAGAUGGCAGUUUGUACCUAAUGCCAGCUCCUCAGUAAGACUUCUGACUGGAGAAAAGAAGUCCUUCAGCUCCAGGCUACGUGGAUUUUUUGUGGCUCCUCAGACCAACAAUUACACCUUCUGGAUCCAGGCAGAUGGUCCUACAGAUCUCUACUUAAGUUUGUCCCAAGAUCCAGAACACAAGGUGAGAAUUGCUUCUCUCCCUGCUGGCAAUUCGGAGUGGUCAGAGAACUGGGUGAAGAACUGGAGUGAGGGUUGGCAGCCAAAAUCCCAGAAAUUGGAGCUAACUGCUGGUGAAAUGUACUACCUGGAAGCUCUGCAUCAUGGGAAAACACCCAGCAAUGGGAUGAGGGUUGGAAUCCAGAUACAUAACACGUGGCUGAACCCCCAGGUGGUGAACAGCUACCACAUUGAGAGACAUGAAAUUCGAGUCCAGGCUUUGCAUCUUCCAGAAGUGCAGAUGCUGAAUGUGUCUGGCACAGGGUAUUUCAGUAUCUCCUGGAAUGAUGGCCCACGCAGAAUGAUUCCCACAAAUGCUACAGCUCACCAGGUGCAAACAGUGAUAGAAGAACUUCUUUCAGUAGGAUGUGAAACUGAGACAACUUCUGCUAAAAUCCUUGUUCGUGAUGGCUUUGAGAAAGAAGAUAUGAAGGAUGUCAUCACCCCAGGACAGAUUGUCAGUGGAACUGAGCCUUUCUGUGGGAGGUUCAGUCUUCACAGACCAAGCCACCUGGUGAAAACUUCCCCAUCAACUCUCCCAAGUUAUUCUCUUACUGAAUACACACAUGUUUGUUUUGCACAUAAAGGCCACCUGAGCAACAGCUUUCAUAUCUCUGUGUCCUACACCAAUGUCUCUUCAUGUUCAGUGAAGAGGAACCUCAUCUGCCUGUGGGCUUUCAAUGAAACUGACCCUAAAAGCUGGACAUUUACUUGCACUGACCUCUGGAAGGGCUGUGGGAAUCUCUCCAUGCUUCUCCAGGACCUCCCUGCCAACUCCCCAGUGUUUGUGCAUCAAAUUGAGUUGCUGAGCCCUGGGCUGCAAAAGAAAACAUCUGGGUCAUUUUACCUUGAUGAAAUCAUCAUUGCAGACAGAGCUGUGACUGUUUUGCAGAGGCAUCCCAAACCCCCUCGUCCAGGUGGGAGAACAGUUGAAGCCAUAUCUGUGGUGGGGUCUCCUUCCACUUACAACGUGUCCUGGAUAGUGUCUGGCUGUGGAGCAAGUCUCCCCCUUCUCUCUCCAAGAGGUGCUUUGCUUGGGGAAGGCUCUGAGGAGAUGGGAUACCUCUAUGUCUCCACGGAGGAUGUGAGAGUCAGCCUCACCAUUCAGAGGCUCCAAAAAUCAUCCCCACCCAUUGGAGGGACCUUCCGAAUCCACUUGGCCAGUAAGGUGAUACCAGAUGUUUCAGUGCACAUCUCCUCCCAACAUCUCCUAAAGCUUUUGCAAGACAACGUAGAUGACUCCACAGCCCCAUACUUCAACACCAGUGACUUCGUUGUGACCAGAGACUCAGACUCUUGCUAUGAAAGAAUCUGGACACUGACUUGGAAAACAAAAACUGGGGACUUGCCCAAUGUUAUCAAUGUCUCUGCUGAAAACCUCACUGGUCUGAAGCCAACUGUUUCUAGUCGUGUGGUUUAUGAUGGGGGGGUGUUUAUUGGGCCAAUAUUUGGAGACAUGCUUGCUACCUCCAAUAACAAAACACAGGUGGUGGUGAUGGUGAAUGAUAUCCUGGCAAACUGUUCAGGGUCAUGCUCUUUCCAGUUCAGCCAGGAAUUGACACCCUUGGUCAGUGAUGUGGAGUAUGCAUCAGAUGAUGGGCCCCAGGCCACUGUAGUUAUCAGGGGAUUUGGCUUCACUGAGGAGAAACCAGCCCUGCAGGUCGAGGUGGACAACACAACCUGCCACAUCAUGGCAGUGACUGGGACAGAAGUGGUGUGCCAGGUGGAGAGGCUGCCAGCUGGGAUCCACCCGGUGACACUGCUGGUGAGACCUUAUGGCUUCGCACUCAAUGCCAGCACAGGAGAAGGCAUCUCCCUAAGGGUUGAGCCAAAGCUGGUAGCUAUCAAACCUCCUACAGCUUCAGAAUUUGGAGGACUGAACGUUGCUCUCAGGGGGACCAAUCUGGAAGGGGUAAACCUGGUGCUGUUUGGAUCUCAGCCUUGCCCAGUUUUGGAGGAUAACAGAAAUUCAACAAGAAUUGAAUGUAAAGUACCUCCUCAGGGGGCAGAAGAUGCUGCUGUCCAUGUGACACUGAUUUCUGGAUACCUGUCAACAACAGUAACCAACCUGUUCCACUAUGAUCCUUCCUUGAACCCUUCUGUAGUGUCACUGAGCAGAAACAGAAGUGGCAUAGCAGGUGGUCAGGAGCUUUGGAUUGGGAUAUCCCAGUUUGCCAGCUACCAAGGAUCAGACAUCAAGGUCCAAAUUGGGGACUCAUGGGCACAGAUCCAAGCACAGACCAACUCUGGUGUUAAUGUGACCCUUCCAGCCUUGGCUGCAGGAUGGUACAAUGUUUCUGUCACCAUCAAUGGCAUUGCUGUCACUUCAAGGAGGGUUGAGCCAUUAAUCCAGUACAUCUCAGAGAUCCUCAACAUAGAGCCCUGUUGUGGCUCCUUUCUGGGUGGAACACUGCUCACAAUUUCUGGGGUGGGCUUCAGCCAAGAUGCUGCCCUGGUUUCUGUUUCAAUGAACAGACAAAGCUGUAUGGUUACUCACUUGGCAGAGGGGACAAUAUGGUGCCUGACCCCACCAGCUGCUAAUUGGUCUAAUGAAGAUCUGCAAGAUGUCUCUGUCAGAGUGAAUGUACUCAUUAGCAGUGGGUCACUUCAACAUUCCCUCUUUGCAAAAAGGACCAACACCUUUAAAUACCAACGAGCUUUGACUCCUCUGGUUAUUGCUGUUGGAACAGACAUCACAGAUAGCAGCCUGCUCUUGAGCAUCCAGGGGAUAAACAUCACUGGAUCUGUGGCUAAGCUUGGGAACACUGAGUGUGAACUUGAAGCUCAACGUGUCAACGGGUCUGCAGUGUUUCAUCAGUGCUCUUUACCACUGAACAGUCUAGAGCCUGGGACUUUUCCCAUCCAGGUUCUUCAGAGGCAGGUUGGAUAUGCUCGUUUGACAGCAAGACUGCAGACCCUUACCAUAACUCCACAGAUAACAUCCAUAUUCCCAUCACAAGGAUCAAUCUGUGGUGGGAUGUUACUCACUGUAUCUGGCAUUGCUUUAAAAUCCAGGAGGAGUUUGAUAGAGGUCAGCCUGGGGAGUAAUUAUUCCUGUGAGAUCCAGCACUCUGCUAAGGAUGCUGUUAUUUGUAUUGUCCUUCCAGGAGCCCAUCCUUUGCAUUACCAGUGGUUGGCUGAGCUAUCUUGGGCUCUUAAUGUCACAGUGACUGUCAAUGGGAUCAGCAGUGUCUGCCUUGGUGACUGCACACUCCACCUUCAUGAGCAGUGGACCCCCCUCGUAGAUCUGGUGACUUGGGAGACCAAGGGGACAUUCACCUCCUUGAUGAUCAAAGGACAGAGGUUGGCAUGGGCAGGUGAUAGUCCCGUGGUUCAUGUGAAUAACCAGGAUGUCUGCAUGGUAACUUCUUGGAAUGAGACCAGCAUCGAGUGCCAGGCAGACUGCAUUGCCCCAGGGCAGCACAACAUUUCUGUGGCCAACAAGAAAAGUGGGCAAGCUUGCUUCAGAAAGACAUCCAGAGUUCUCAGCAUCCUGCCUCAGGUGUACCUCUUUUACCCCCAGAACUUCAGUACCAAUGGGGGUGGCCUACUCACCUUAGCAGGCUCAGCACUGAAAGGAAAGAGAGUGACUUCUGUCCUCAUUGAUUAUCACCCUUGUCUCAUUCUCAGUGUCACCUGUGGAUCUAUCCAGUGCACGGUGCCUCCAGGCAAUGGGACUAAGGCUUUGAGUCUAAAAGUAGAUGGCAUCUUCUAUUACCUGGGAAGAAUAAGUUACCACAAGGAGUUUACCCCAGCCCUUCUUUCUCUUGUUGCUACUGAUCUGCUUUUAACACUGACAGCAUCACAGAUCACAGAGAUGGACACCAUCUACAUAUUUAUUGGUGAUUUUCCCUGUGGUCAGGUCACCAUCACUGACUCUACUUUGCAGUGCUCAGCUCCUCUGCUGCCUGUGGGCCAGUACCAUGUGCUGGGCUUGGAUGUCUCCAGGGGUUGGGCUUCUUCCAACCUGAUGUUCACCUCUCAGCUGACAGUGAGAGCUGUGCAGCACAACUGGGGUGGCUUGAAUGGAGGAGCAUUUUACCUACGUGGAACUGGAUUUUCCCCAGGGAAGACUUCAGUCACAGUCUGUGGCACCAAGUGUGGAUUGUUGGGCAACGUGACAAUGACUGAGUUGAGGUGUCUUGCCCCACGCUUACACGCAUCUCUGGCUGUUCUCUGUGGCCUGACACAUCCUUCUGUCGACUGCCAAGAAGACAGAGCCACCUUUAUUGAAUGUGAUGUCCAAGUCACAGUGGGUUCCUACCAGCAGAGAGAAUCUGUGUCUUACCUCUAUGUCUGUGAGGACAGCCCAGCCCAGGGGCAUUGGAGGGACACGAAACCCCCCCAGAGACAUUUUGCUGGACUCUUUGCCAGCCCUAAAGUGGAAAGAGAUGAAGUUCUCAUCUAUAAUAGCUCCUGUAACAUUGCCAUGGAAACUGAGGCAGAGAUGGAGUGUGAGGGAGCUAAUCAGCCAAUUACCGCCAAGAUUACUGAGAUAUGGAAAAACUGGGGCCAGAACACUCAGCUUGGACUCCACUUUUGUGGUCGCUGGGACCAGGACUCCAGCUGGCCUGCGGGCCACCAGCCGCGAGAUGGCGAUAACGUCACGAUAGAAGAAGGCAGAACCCUGCUGCUGGGGACCAUCACCACCAACCUCAACCUGCUGCAUCUCAAAGGUGGCAAACUCUUGUUCAUUGGUCCAGGACCUGUAGAACUGCAUGCUCAUUACAUUCUGAUAUCUGAAGGAGGAGAGCUCCGGGUGGGAUCCCCUGAGUCCCCUUUCCAUCACAGAGCACACAUCUAUCUCUAUGGAAGCCUCCAUUCCCCAUCAUUAUUUCCAUAUGGGGUCAAGUUUCUGGCAGUGAGGAAUGGGACCCUUUCCAUUCAUGGCUGGAUGCCCAAAGUAGCUUUCACACAUCUGAACUCAUCAGCUCAUGCUCAUGACAGAUUAUUAGUGCUGCAGGAACCUGUUGACUGGCAACCUGGGGAUGAAAUCGUGGUGGGAAGGUCAGGCUUUGGGGAUGCAGAGCAGCAAGAAGAAGUGGCUGUUAUUGAGUCUGUGAACAACACAGAGCUGUACCUCAGAUCUCCACUCAGGUACUCCCACAGUGUGGGAGAAGGAUGGGUGGAUGGCCAACCCCUGCCUUUGAGUGCUGUGGUGGCACUGAUAAGCAGAAGAGUUGUUGUACAAGGAAAUGUCACCACAGAGAGGAUGUCCCACCUCAGAGAGUGUGCAAAAGCAGGUGUGAAAAGAGGUGGCUCCAGGUGUCUGUACAAGCGGAGUGAAAGGCAUCUGGGGGCUCGGGACCUGGGGGCCAUCGUGGUUGUGGAGGCUUUCCAGGGAGAGACGACUCAGCUCCGCCUGGAUGGAGUCCAAUUCCACCAUAUGGGCCAAGUGUUUCAGCACCAUCUCAGUGCCCUGACUGUUGCUGGCAACACAUGGAUGGCAGACUCUUACAUACGUGGCUGUUGUGUUCUGGACUCCUUUGGCCAAGGGCUCCAUCUAAGAGGGAUCUCAAAUCUUAGUGUGGACAGUAAUGUUUUCUACAACAUUUCAGGCCAUGGGCUUCUACUGGGAGAUGGACUGGAAAUGGGCAACAGAGUCAAUAACAACAUAGUGAUGGGCCUUUCUGGAACAGAUGGUUUAUCCAACAUUGAGAUGCUGUCACCAGCAGGGAUCUACAUCAGGGCUCCUGCCAACCACAUCAAGGGUAACACAGUGUGUGCUGCUGGGUAUGGCUAUUUCUUUCACCUCUCCCCUGAGGGACCAUCCAAAAUACCCAUCCUGUCCUUCAGUGAGAACACAGCUCAUUCCUGCACAAGGUAUGGGUUGCUGGUGUACCCAGAAUAUUUGCCAGACAGUCCAAAUGGACUUGUUCAGUUCAACAACUUCACAGCUUGGAGCAACCAAGGUGGAGCACAGAUUUUUAGGAGCAGCAACCUCAAACUCCAACACUUCUGGAUUUAUGCUUGCAAAGAUUUUGGCAUUGACAUCAUAGAAAGCCUGGGAAACACUUCUGUAGUUAAUGGCAUUUUAAUUGGACACUUUGAGCAAAAGGAUGGGACCUGUAUGUCAGAAGGACUAAAAACACCCAAAAGGUUCCAGCUCUUCAUCUCCAACACAACUUUCAGGAACUUUGAUGACAUCACUUGCACGGCAAUCAGGACUUGCUCUGGGUGUUACCAAGGGCAGGGUGGGUUUACAGUGAGAGCUGAACACCUGACCUUCAUCAGCUCACCUUUCCAAGUGGCCUUCCCCUUUCCUCACUCUGCCAUCCUUGAGGAUGUGGAUGGUUCAGUCACAGGGCAGAGAGGAAGUCAUCUCCUGCCUUCCACAGAGAUCCUUGAGGCAUCUUGCACAACCAGUGCAAACUUCAGUCAAGCUUCUGGUGGCAGUGUUUGUGGUGGGGACCUUGUUUUCCACAGGAUGUCCCUCCAUUUAAAAGGAGCCCCAGACAUUCCUUAUAAUUUAACUGUGACUGACAGCAAGAAUAAGACAACCACAGUCAAUUAUGUCCCUGAUACUUUAUCAAACCUCUAUGGAUGGAUGGUUCUCCUCUUGGAUCAAGAGACUUAUGCCUUGACAUUUGACAACCCUUUGGUCAGCAAACAGCUUCAGUAUUCAGUGACAUUUAGCAACUUCAGGAGUGGAAGUUACUUGCUGGUGGAACACAAGGACAUUCCUGCCCAUCCUGAAGUUGUGGUGUCCUGUGGGACAAGGAUGGGACAGCCACUCCAAGCACUGCCUUCAUAUGGUCAUCACAGGAGCUGUGACUGGUAUCUGGACAGCAGGCUGAGGAAGAUAACCUAUUUGGUCACAGGAGAGGACUUGAUUCAGGUCACACUGAAAGAGAAGGAAAAAGUGUCUUUACCUGCCCCAGUUCCUUCUGAUGCUGUCUUGAAAUGGUCACACCCAGAGACAUGGAGCAAUGUGGAAAAAGGCUGGGGUGGGUUCAACUGCAGCAUCCCAGGCCCUGGGGAAGACGUCAUCAUCUUACCCAACCAGACCAUCCUGGUGGAUACAGCUCUUCCCCCUCUGAGAGGUCUCUACAUCCUGGGGACCCUCGAGUUUCCCAGCAACUCCAGCAAUGUCCUGAGUGCAGCCUGUAUCCUGGUGGUAGGGGGGACCCUGAAAGUGGGCUCCUAUCAACAUCCCCUAGAAAGGGAUUUAAAGCUGCUGGUCCUGCUUCGGGCAUCUGAAGGGAUUUCCUGUGAUCGUCUGGAGGGAAUAACUGCCCACCCAGGGAGUAUUGGGAUUUAUGGACAGGUGCAAAUUUUUAGUGCUUAUCCUAAGACAUCUUGGACACAUCUGGGAACUAACAUUGCUCCUGGCAAUGAAAGGAUUUUUGUGGAGGAUGAAGUAGAUUGGAAUGAUGGUGGAAGUAUUGUCAUCAGCUCUUCCUCCUAUGAAGCUCACCAGGCUGAAGUGGUUACACUUAAAGAAGUCAAUGGUCACAGCAUCAGAAUUCAUGAACGCCUUCUGCACAGGCAUGUUGGACAUUCCCAUGAGACUGAAGAUGGCAGACACAUCCCUUUGGCUGCAGAGGUUGGACUCCUAACAAGGAACAUACAACUCAAGUCUGAUGUGCCUUGUGCUGGGAGGAUGCUGGUGGGAUGUUUUACAGACUCCAGUGGGACAGAGUUUGAAGGUUUCCUUCAGCUCUCAAAUAUUGAAUUUGUGAACUUUGGGCCUCCUCAUCUUUCUGCUCUGGAAUUCAGGAAUAUAUCCCACGGGUCCUCAGUGGUGUCAUCCAGCAUCAGUGGUAGCUGUGGAGCUGGCAUUAAAGCAGUGAUGAGCAACUGGAUCUUCUUGCAUGACAACUUGGUGUUCAGCACAGUUGGACCUGGCAUUGAUUUUGAAGGGCAAAAUCAUUCUCUCAUCAGGAACCUUGUUAUCCUGAGCAGGCAGCCAGAAGGUUUAUCCAGCUGGGUUGCUGGCAUCAAGGUGAACUUUGUCACUGGUGUCUCCCUCUGUGGCAAUGCUGUUGCAGGGUCUGAGAGAAUUGGCUUCCACAUCAGGGGUCAAGAGUGUUUGCUUGAUGGUGAGCACUGCAGUGACAACGUGGCCCAUUCAAACCUCCACGGAAUUCAUCUCUACCAGGGAGAUGGGUUUCAGACCUGCACUAGAAUCACAGGUUUUAUAUCCUAUAAGAAUUAUGACUAUGGUGUCAUGUUCCACCUUGGAAGCAGUGUCAUCGUGGACAAUGUGGUGCUGGUGGACAACACUGUGGGUCUCAUGUCAGUGGUGCACUGCCUCUAUGCCAAGCAAUGCCACACAGGGAAAAGGUCCAUAGAGCUUAGAAACUCCACUAUUGUUGCAACAAGCUCAACUUUUGACUGCAUCAGAGACAGGAUCAAGCCUCACUCAGCUGAUCAAACAGCCAAGGAUCGACCACCCAACUCCCCUCUAAGAGGCCGUGUUGGGAUUUUAUGGCCUACGUUCACCACUGCUCCCAGCCAAAGGCCAGAUGAGCCAUGGCACAAAACUGGGCAUUGUCCAAAAGUCCUGGGACUCAUGAAGCUGAAAGAAGUCACUUUUACUGGUUUUACUAAGAGCUGCUCCAGUGAAGACAGGGAUGUCUGCAUCAUGUCAAAUCCUGACCAUUUGGGCACCAUGCCUCUUAUCACAGCUGAAGCAUCAAGGAUGCUACAUGUCAAUGAGAGGGACAAGUUCUACUUUUAUCCAACAAGUGUCCAGACCUCUGAAGACAACAUUUUCCCUGAAAAGGGAUGCAAAGGCUCAAGAAAGGCCCUUUUCAAGGAUCUGGAUGGAAGUCUCCUGAAUCUAGAACCACCAGUUUCUGUUUUCCCAAAGUCAGAAUUUGAAUGGACACAGUUCUACUUGCAAGCUGGAAUUUACAGAGAUGACAACAAGUGUACCUUCAAGCCCUCAGUAGAAGGCUAUUUCUGUAAACAGACAGAUCAUGCACUUGUCAUCCUAGAAAACCUUGACCCCAACGUGGUUGACCAGAGGCUUUUUCCAGUGGUAGCAAUGACUGGGAGCUUUAUGGACACCUUCAGUGAUGUGACUUCUUAUGCACCAUGUUAUCCUGCAGAGCAUCAUUCUGCUUUCUCUGCUGUGUUGCCAUCCACCAAACUCACUACAAUUUGCUUCCCAGACCUAUCACCUCUGGCUUUCAGACUCUCCCUCCUCAGUGGCCAAAAUGCAACCAGACUGCCCCUUGCUGUAUUCUACAGUGAACCCCUCAGCCUUCGUGUUUUCAUUCAAGGGAAAUACGUGUCUCCAACCCCAUCGUCUUUCUCACUGAAUGGAAGAGCAGGAACCAAUUAUUUUAGCUUUGAAGACAACCUCCUCUAUGUUCUUCUGCAUGAGAAGGAACCUGUGGAAAUUGUUGUUGGCCUUUCCCUUCUUGUGGCUUUCACUGUAACUGAGGCUGUUGAGGAAGAGACUGAGACAAAUUUAAUACAUCAAUUAGCUGAUUUCUUGAAAGCUGGUCACGACCAAGUCAGAGUAGUCCAUCAUGGGAUGGGAGGUGAAAGCAUGCUGAAGGUUAUCUCAGCCAAUGCUAACAAAAAGAAAUACCACUGCCCUACCAUGGCAUUUUGCAGUGACUUUCAUAGCAGGUCUGGCUUACAGAAAAUGGGGAGAGGAUCAGUGAGCAGCCAAGCUCUGCAGCCAUCUGAUGGGGCUGGUCCAUCAAGGUUGCUCAUCAUUGAACUUGGUGAUCCCCCAGGCCAUCCAAGAAGUGAGUUGACAAGUGAGAGCUUAAGGAGUUUGGCCAGAACAAUUAUCAACACUCAUCAGGCUGGAGACCUUCAGAGAGGUCUUGGUUUGCAGUUUGAUACCUUGAUGGUGACUGAGCCUGCCUUACUCUUUCCAGAAGAAACCAACCAUGGAAGCAGACAACACUCAGAAACACACCUGUACGUAAGACCUUAUAACAUCUCUGUUCAGGUGCAGCCCUCAGAUGGAGAAACAGAGAAGCAGCUUCCCAUACAACCAAAAAUCAUUUUCCUGGACAAGAAGGGUCAGAGAGUUGAUGAACUGGGGCAUCCCUCAGAACCUUGGGUUGUAUCAGCUCACCUCAAGGGCUCCUCAGAGGCUGUGCUAAAAGGGCUCACUCAAGUGCAGGUCAUAGCUGGAUGUGCCAGCUUUUCUAGCCUGGCUGUCUCCACUCCAGGGACAAACUGGAAACUUGUGUUCAAUGUCACAUCACCUCCAGGGGCUAAGUUUACUGUGCUGUCUCAGCCAUUUACCAUCUUCCCUGGCUCCAAGGGAGUGAAGGGCAGCAUGAUCCUUGUUGUCAUUCUGAGUUCAGCAGCAUCUGCAUUCAUCCUCACUCUUGGAUUCUGCUGGUUCAAGAAGAGCAAAAGCAACAAACAGAGGACUGAACAAGCUGAUGUACCAAAUGCCAGGAACAAGGGACCCCCAAACCAAGCAAAGACUCAUGCAGCUCACAUCCAGCCUUGCUACAACCAAGGAGAAAAUAAAAGUAGUGUGCCUGUAGCAGGAGAUAUGGGAGGAACUGGAGCAGUGGGCCAUGGCACAGGGCAACUGAGGGAGCUGGACCUACAACACUGUGGAGCCAGGUCAGGGAGAAAAAUGAGCAAUGUCCAACAGGAGACAGGUAACAGCAACACCUUUUCUUCAGUCGGGAACAAUGACAGUCACAAAGAGCCACAUGAAAGAAAAUCUCCUGGGGACCCUCUGGAACUUCAACAGCCAAAAGUCCUAAGGUGCUGCAGCCAGAAGGAUGUCCCUCAGCCUUCAGCUGCCUACAACAAGGAAAAGAAAAAGACUAAAAGGCUGCCAAAGCCUCAGAAUGAUGUUGGAGAGCAUGUUGGUGUGGUGACAGCAGAGGGGUAAGAGAAGGGAUGUGAGGAGGUGGGCCACCACCAAAGCAAGUUUUUCCUGCCUUCCAGGCAGUGCAAAGCUGAGUCUUUUGUCCCUGUGGUCAAAUAUUCACCUCUUAGCAUAGGGAACCUGGCUGCCACACGGCAAAUGUACAAAUGAACCCAUUGCCUGGAUCUCCACCCAACUGGGAGACUCUGGCCAUGUCUAUGGCACUGAACUUUCUUAGCUUCCAGAACAAGGUGGGUGCAUUCAAACUGCCUAUUGAAGUUGUCCUUCUGACACCUCUAAAACUCUGUUCAAGAGUGGUUUGGGGGGAAUGUUGGCUGCCCUUAGGUCAGCCUUGAGGUGAUGGUCAAAACCAUUCAGGAAUUAGGCUAGCAAUUCAGCAUAUGGUUGUCUUUCUGACACUUCAAGAUACUAGCACUGAUGUAGCCUUAGCAGCUAGAGCAAAGUGAUUGGUGUGUAUGAGAAUAAACAAAUAUGUAGGAGUUUUCCCAUUUCUUUCAAUUAUGCCUUUAGUUUCAUUCAAAGUACCU